AUGUCGGAGCGAUCUCAGAGCCCUAUUUCGGAUUGCAACAGCCGGGCGGAUGACUUCAGCCGACCCAUGUACGCCCAGGCCUUGGGUCAAGAGGCGUUUGGCGGCACGUCGCUCCAGAUCCCUCACGGCGUUCUACAGCACCACAGUCUUCUAUUCAACAAGACUGCAUACAAUGGGUUGCCUCCAACACCUCAAACCUUUUUUCAAUUCCCACCGUCCGGUGGUGACUAUAGGGCCUCCGAUUUACAAGCCGGUGACUUUUGCCAACCCAAACACUGGUAUCCCAUCGCCGCUCCCGAAUACACCGGCCAAGUACCGAGGGUUGCAGUGACUACGCAGGCCACAAACCUGAGCCCACCCAUUGCCGAAGCCAGGGAACAAAUCAAAAUGUCUGAUAUAAAGAUUGAGAAGGAUGUCAAUGACGAGUAUGAGGUAAAGAGUCAACAGUAUCCAACUCCGUCGUCCGCUGUGGCUCAUGGGGUUUACUACUCGACCCCAUGGAACCCCUCGUUUUGGCCCGGCCUUCCCCACAUCACUGCUGCGAGUUCCAAUAUUCAAAACCUCAACUCCAUACCCUCAACAUCGUCUUCAACAUCCCCAUCGCUCUCGCCGUCACCCCCCAGCAAUGGGUUACCCGGGAUCACGUUCAACGGGAGCGCAAGCCAAGGUGCUCAAGCGCAAACCCAGAGCAAUGGAUCCUCCAGCGGUGGGUGCAGCGACUCCGAGGAAGAGGAGAACCCUUCAACUGAGGAGCUGGAACAGUUCGCCAAGGAGCUGAAGCACACGCGUAUAACACUGGGUUUCACACAAGCAGAUGUAGGAAUGGCUCUAGGCAAUCUUUAUGGCAAGAUGUUCAGCCAGACUACAAUCUGUCGUUUCGAAGCCCUCCAGCUCAGCUUCAAGAAUAUGUGCAAGCUGAAGCCCCUGCUUCGGAGAUGGCUGAAUGAGGCUGAGACCUCUGACAACCCCCAGGAUAUGUACAAGAUCGAGCGGGUGUUUGUGGACACCAGGAAGAGGAAGCGGCGGACCAGUCUGGAGGGUUCGGUGCGCACGGCUCUAGAGUCCUACUUUGUCAAGUGCCCCAAGCCCAACACCCAGGAGAUCACACACAUUGCAGACGACCUGUGUCUGGAGAGAGAUGUGGUGCGUGUGUGGUUCUGUAACCGCAGACAGAAGGGCAAGCGCCUGGCCCUCCCUUUCGAUGAGGAGUGUGAAGGACAGUACUACGAGCAGAGCCCACCUCCCCCGCACAUGACCCACUCCCCCCUCCCUGGGCAGGGGUACCACCUAUCCAGCCACACCGGGGCCCCCACUUUCUACAUGCCCCCCCUCCAGAGGCCAGAUGUCUUUAAGCAGGCCCUGCACCCUGGACUGGUGGGUCACCUGACCAGCUAA